AUGCAACCGGGUCAAAACGGGAAUGCGCUUGAGCUUCCACUCCACAUCGAACAUGGUGUCCUUGCUCUUAUACAAGCGAAUGGUAAUCUUGGUCUUAAUGGAGGUCUUGCAAUUCAACAAGUACAUGUUCAAGAUGGUGGUUUUGAUGAUGUCUUUGCGAAUAUGGACUGGAUGAAUGUAGACCUUAUGGACAAUAAUCCUCAAAAAAAAGAGAAUGGAAAUCAUAUUUUGCAACCGGUACAACAAGUCCCAGAUGGUGGGUUUUGGAACAAGGGUGUAGAUUUUGAUUGGCUGAAUAUAUUCCACAUGGUUGGGAAUGAUGAUCAACAAGAAGCUGUUGUUGGUAUACAAGAGAAUGGAGGAUGGGGUAAUGUAGCAGAACCAGAUGAAGAGAUAGGAGAACCAUUACUUGAACUGAUUCAGAAGCACAAGAAGAUCUAG